UGCCCCAUCAUUGGUGUCAGUGGAAGGAAUAGCGCCCCAUCAUUGGUGUCAGUGGGAGGAAUAGUGCCCCAUCAUUGGUGUCAGUGGGAGGAAUAUUGCCCCAUUAUUGGCGUCAGUGGGAGGAAUAGUGCCCCAUCAUUGGUGUUAGUGGGAGGAAUAGUGCCCCACUAGUGGUGUCAGUGGAAGGAAUAGUGCCCCAUCAUUGGUAUCAGUGGGAGGAAUAGCGCCCCAUCUUAAGUGUCAUUGGGAGGAAUAG